AUGAUGGCAGAUACACAACAACAUGCGCCACUUUAUUUAACCCAUGCAGCAAAAGGGCAUAGACACAGGAGAUCUCUAGCAAUCGCUGGCGAUUUUGAUUUCUUACCAAACCAUCAUGCUAAUAUUUACACCAGAAGAAAGUCAAUUGAGAGUAAGACAAGAUAUAAAUCUGGCAUUCCCGAGCCUAUUAUUAAUCUAGAUGAUAUUCUUACGACACAAUCUGAGAAUAUUGACCACAAGAGAUCUGAUUCUGCACCUGCUGAAUUAGAUUUUGUCAUGUUGAAAUCAGUCUUAAGAUUCGAUGAGGGAAUAUCAGAUUCUGAUAGCACAAAGAUACCGGAGGAGGAAGAAGAAGACGAAGAAGAUGAAAAAUGUGAGAACUUUAAAAGUAGUGAUUCCGAAUUUUUGUCAGGUCUAGCACCUGCAGUGGAAUCUGCUAACAUUACAUUACCAAGUAAGAAUGAUAUCUCAAAAUUAAAUGUUUUGAAAAUCAAUAAACAGAAGGAGAGAUAUAGUAACUAUUCGAAGCAAUGGUUCCAAAACUUACCAGCUCCAAAUACAGAGAGUUCUGGUAAGGCUAGUCCAUUAGCUUUGUCAGUAUCAUCAUCACCUAGAAUCAAUCAUCUUCGCAGAAAAUCUGUUACUUAUCAUUCGGGUCGUCGUAGGAGUUUCAAAUAUAAUGAUAAGACACCCUCUUUUGUUAAAUCGAGAAGUAUGAAUUCAUUUGAUUUUAAGAGUCAAGUAUAUGAUGUUUUAGAUAAUGAAGUAACACAUAUAUCAUCAAAUGAAGAACAGAAAACGAGAGUAAAUGAUAUUGAUGGACUUGUCACAUCAAUUGAACGUAGCUUACCUGUCAUUCAGGUAACUAUGAGUAAAACUGAGACAGGUUCAUUUUCCAUGGCAUCUGAUAAGUUGCAUAUAAACGAUGCAAGAAUCAUUAAAAGGCAACCUUUUAAGUUCAAAUGUCUAUUAAAGAAAGUCAUAAAGAAACUAGAUGACUUGCUCUAG